GAUCAGCCUGUCGUUCGGCGGAGCGGUCGGACUCAUGUUCCUGAUGCUCGGAUGCGCCCUUCCCCAGUACAACCGUUACUGGCCACUGUUUGUUCUGUUUUUUUAUGUUCUUUCUCCUAUCCCAUACUGCAUAGCAAGAAGAUUAGUGGAUGACACAGAUGCUACAAGCAAUGCCUGCAAGGAGCUAGCCAUAUUCCUCACAACAGGCAUUGUUGUCUCAGCAUUUGGACUGCCCAUAGUGUUUGCAAGAGCAGAACUGAUUUACUGGGGUGCCUGUGCACUGGUUCUCACGGGGAACACCGUCAUCUUUGCCACCAUCCUGGGAUUUUUCUUGGUCUUUGGCAGCAACGACGACUUCAGCUGGCAGCAGUGGUGAAAGGAAGACAAGAGAACUAUCACGGGCAUCUGGUCACGCAGUGGCCAUCCAGACAAAUGAGAGAAUGGGCAAUAAAGAGAAGUAGUGUAGCGAGCCUCCCAGGUAUUCUAGAUGCUCCUUUUCACCUUGUUUGCUCGAGCGUGCUGCUGUUGCUGGCAGGUUUUACACGUCCUCGUGGAGAGACAACCAAUUCCAUUGUUACCUGUGGUAUGUUUUUAGGUGCUCUCCUGGUUUAAAGUUGCAUCCUUCUGUCCGGUGUUUAUGUGAAACUUUAAAUCUGGAACAAGAACAUUCAAACA